UCACCUGCAUCAAUCCACAUCCGCAUCCAGAUCGGUCGUCCUCCUCCUCGGCUCCCGGUUGCAGCUCGUGUCCAGCCUCUGCGGCGCGCGUGACCCGUCGAUCGGCCUGUGGAGAUGAUCAACAGGUGCUUCUGUUGCGUCGCCGGCGAUGACGAGCCGGAACCAGCCGCCGCGCCCGCCGGUCGUCGUCGCAGAACGAAUCCGUCGAGGACGCCCAAGAACAGGAGCAUGGAGUAUCCAUGGGAGAUAUACAGCCUCAAGGAGCUCCUGCAGGCGACGAACAACUUCAACGACAGCAACAAGCUCGGGGAGGGCGGGUUCGGCACCGUCUACUGGGGCCGCACCUCCAAGGGCGUCGAGAUCGCGGUGAAGCGGCUGAAGGCGAUGACGGCGAAGGCGGAGAUGGAGUUCGCCAUCGAGGUGGAGAUCCUCGGCCGCGUCCGUCACAAGAACCUCCUCAGCCUCCGUGGUUUCUACGCCGGCGGCGACGAGCGCCUCAUCGUCUACGACUACAUGCCCAACCACAGCCUACUCACCCACCUCCACCCCCACCGCGGCGCCCCCUCCUCCCAGCAGCAUCAACCCCUCGACUGGGCACGCCGCGUCGCCAUUGCCAUCGGCGCCGCCGAGGGCCUCGCGUACUUGCACCACGAGGCGAACCCGCACAUCAUACACCGGGACAUCAAGGCGAGCAACGUGCUGCUGGACGCGGACUUCGUGCCCAAGGUCGCCGACUUCGGGUUCGCCAAGCUCAUCCCGGACGGCGUGUCGCACCUGACGACGCGGGUGAAGGGCACGCUGGGCUACCUGGCGCCGGAGUACGCCAUGUGGGGGAAGGUCUCCGAGAGCUGCGACGUCUACAGCUUCGGCGUGCUGCUGCUGGAGCUCGUCAGCGCGCGCCGCCCGCUCGAGAAGCUGCCGGGGGGCGUCAAGCGCGAGAUCGUGCAGUGGGCGGCGCCGCUGGUGGAGCGCCGCAAGUGGGAUCGCAUCGCGGACCCGCGCCUCGCCGGGCGGUUCGACGCGCAGCAGCUCCGCGCCGUGGUCGAGGCCGCCAUGCUGUGCGCGCAGAGCAACGCCGAGAGCCGACCCGCCAUGGCCGAGGUCGUCGAGAUGCUCAGGUUCAGCGGCGAGCGGCGGCCGACUAAGGAGAUCGUCCCGGUGGCGGCCGCGAGCAGCGAGGAGACAACAGACCUGGACGACGUCACCGGAAGCAGCGAGCCCCUGGACAGGCGGAGCAGCUGGAAGCUGACAAAGCUGAGGUGAUCGAUCGUCCGUGUGUUGAAUUCAUGCUCCUCGCCAUGCAUGCAUGCUUAGUUGCCCACCCAGAUCAAAGCCAAAGGCAUCAAAGUCUCAGAGAUUCAGCCAUGUUAUCACAUGCGAUCGAGGUGCAAUUAUGCAAAUGAUUAGUGCCAAUUAGAUUGCAUAGUUAAUUGAUGAGGUUACGCAAUUGGCGGUGAUAAUGUUUGGUGGAGAAAUCAAGAGUUGUUAAUCAUGUCGGCCUGCAAAGUUUUGUUUGCUUGUGUUGUGGGUUUUGUUAAUUACAUUUGUUUUCUUGUUUGAUAUAAUAAAUUGGAGCUAGCAGAUGUGCAGA